GGUGCACCGCCGUUCAUUGCAGGUAUUGCUAUUGGGCUUGGUAUUGGCUUCGGGCUUCUGCUUCUUGGCUUAAGUGCAAUAUUUAUCCUCCGUAGAUGGAGAACAGACAUCCAAAAGCAAUUGAGAAGGAAGUAUUUUACAAAGAAUCAUGGCCUCCUUCUCGAACAAUUAAUAUCGUCCAAUGAAGAUGCAAGUGAAAGGACAAAGAUUUUCUCUCUGGAAGAGCUAAACAAGGCAACAAACAAGUUUGAUCACACACGGAUACUUGGCCAUGGAGGGCAUGGCAUGGUGUACAAAGGCAUUUUAUCUGACCAGCGUGUGGUGGCUAUAAAAAAAUCUAAGGUCAUUGAGCAAGGUGAGAUUGACCAAUUCAUCAAUGAGGUCGUCAUCCUUUCACAGAUUAACCACAGAAACAUCGUAAAGCUUUAUGGAUGCUGCCUUGAAACUGAGGUGCCGCUACUAGUUUAUGAUUUUGUUCCCAAUGGUUCCUUGUUUGAAAUCCUCCAUUCUAUUUCAACCAGCACUUGUUCUUUGUCCUGGGAUGGCUGCUUAAGAAUUGCUGCACAAGCUGCAGGAGCUCUCUAUUAUCUCCACUCUGCCGCUUCCAUAUCAGUCUUCCAUCGUGAUGUCAAGUCCUCCAAUAUACUCCUAGAUGCAAACUACACUGCAAAAGUUUCCGAUUUUGGUUCAUCAAGACUGGUGGAUAUAGAUCAAACUCAUGUUACCACACACGUACAAGGCACGUUUGGCUACUUGGAUCCUGAGUAUUUCCGCACUGGACAGCUAAAUGAAAAGAGUGAUGUGUACAGCUUUGGUGUCAUGCUUUUAGAGCUGCUUCUCAGAAGGAAGCCUGUUUUUAUGGGCGAUUCGGGCUCAGCUCAAAGUUUAUCUAGUUACUUUCUUGGGGAGAUGCAGGAGAGGCCAAUAAGAGAGAUAGUCGCCGCUCAAGUUCGUGAAGAAGCAACCGAGGAAGAAAUUGUCAGUGUUGCCUCCCUUGCAGAGAUGUGCCUGCGGCUACAGGGUGAGGAAAGGCCUACAAUGAAGGAAGUAGAGAUGUCUUUACAGCUUCUGCAUACGAAACGUUCAAUAUCAUCCCAUGCUACUCCAGAAAAUGGUAGAGCUGAAGCUAGUGCUUCAUCUCACUCAGGUAAUGGAGCUGAUCCAGUCACCACAACCAGCCAACGAUGUUAUAGCUUGGAGCAAGAGUUCAUAUCAUCUGCUAGCUUACCACGCUAAGUGAGUACCUCAAUGUUUGGUUGCUUAUCCAUUCCAUGUAUGUUCUCUGAGAGAGUGAGAGUUGCAUACUAUAAACUCUGUUUAUUCCUAGCUGAAUAUGGGGUUGGCCAUGAAGCCUGUGUAUGUUCACGCCUUGGCGGAUUCUGUUUGUUAUUUCAGUUAGCUCGCCCUGGCUGCAUCGUGGGAUGGCACGAGGUCACGCAGUCAUGGUGGCAUAGAUUUUAAGACUGUAACCAUGCAGCUGUUUUGAGACCGUGUUAAAUAAGUACUCACUCCUUCCUGAA